GUCACUUUUAUUGCCGUUCCUCUCACGGGCUUCAUUACCAAGUGGUAUGGCUCAUAUUACGAUCGGCUGUCCGAACAAACUCAAACAACUAUUGCGGCAGCGAACAGCAAAGCUGAGGAAGUGCUAGCUACAAUGAGGACUGUUAGGUCGUUUGCUUGCGAAAAUUACGAAGCGGAUUCGUUCGAAGACAGCUUAGAUACGACUCUAAAUGUUAAUAGAAAAAAGUGA